AAAAGGACAGCGGUGAGCGGGAGGAAGGCGAGUGGCGCCAUCUUGGCUCUUUUAAUGAGUACAACAGGGGAGAAUUCGCUGGGAGAAAUAACAUAAUCAUUGGAAUUUCACUCUAAGCGGCGUACUGUGGGUGAACCUUAAAUCAGUGCAAGUGUGUGAAACAGGGGAACCAGGGCAAUGUUCUACGCCCACUUUGUCCUCAGCAAACGUGGGCCGCUGGCCAAGAUCUGGCUAGCGGCCCACUGGGACAAGAAGCUGACCAAGGCCCAUGUGUUUGAAUGCAACCUGGAGAGCAGUGUGGAGAGCAUCAUCUCACCCAAGGUAAAGAUGGCGUUGCGUACAUCAGGCCAUCUGCUCCUAGGAGUGGUGAGAAUCUACCACAGGAAGGCCAAGUACCUGCUUGCAGACUGUAACGAAGCCUUCAUCAAGAUCAAGAUGGCUUUUAGGCCAGGUGUGGUGGAUCUACCGGAGGAAAACAGAGAGGCUGCUUACAAUGCCAUCACCUUACCCGAGGAGUUCCAUGACUUUGACCAGCCACUUCCUGAUUUGGAUGACAUAGAUGUGGCCCAGCAAUUCACCCUCAACCAGAGCCGAGUAGAAGAGAUCACUAUGAGAGAGGAUGUUGGCAACCUCAGUCUCCUGCAGGACAAUGACUUUGCUGACUUUGGCAUGGACGACCGAGAAAUGAUGCGUGAUGCCAGCACAUUUGAGGAGGAUAUGAUGAUUGGUACCGCAGCUUCUAACCUUUUGCUGGAGGCUGAGCCUGGUCCAGCUAAUUUGCCUGACAAGUCCAACCAUAUGGAGUAUGAUGACUUUGGGGAUGGCUCCAUGGCCAACAGUGAUGGGGGAAUGUUGGUUGAUAAGCUGCUGAGUUCUGAAGAUGGAGGUGGUAUUUUUGAUGAUCCUCCAGCUAUCACAGAAAGUGUCAUGAUGCCUCCAGAUCAUGGAGAUGAUGAAGACGACUUUGACAACCUCCAGUCCCCGGGUCCAGACAGCCCAGACUCUGGCCCAGCGGAGCCACUGCCAGCAAUGGCUGAUCAGACAGAACAGACUACUCUGGUUCACAAUGAAGAGGAGGCCUUUGCCCUGGAGCCCAUCGACAUCACUGUGAAAGAGACGAAGGCAAAGCGCAAGAGGAAGCUGAUUGUGGACAGUGUGAAGGAGCUGGACAGCAAGACCAUCAGGGCUCAGCUGUCCGACUAUUCCGACAUUGUCACCACCCUGGAUCUCGCCCCACCCACAAAGAAGCUUAUGAUGUGGAAAGAGACAGGAGGAGUGGAGAAGCUCUUUUCUCUGCCCGCUCAACCCCUGUGGAAUGCUAGGCUUCUCAAGAUGUUCACACGCUGCCUGACACCUCUGGUGCCAGAUGAGCUCAGGAAGAGGAGAAAGGGUGGAGAGGCAGACAGUCUGGAUGAGUUCCUCAAGGAGCUGGAGAACCCAGAGGUUCCCAGAGAGGAGGUCAUGAGUCAGCACAGAGAUGUUAUUGACCACACUAUCAUGGAGGAGCCUAGUAUGCUGGCAGCCUCUGCAAUGGAGGGCAGUAGGACGACCCUGGAUGAGACAGCCAUGCCUCCUCCUUCCACCCCCCGCGGGGUCAAGCGCAAGACCAUCGACAAAGAUGGCCCCAUCCCUAUGACUCCAUUGGAGCAGCAGCAACAGGUGGCUGACCGUUCCAUCUUGUCUCAGAGGUUAGAAAUGCCCCAGGUGGAUCUUCCCCCAGAGGAGACCAGCAUCAACCUCACCCAGCUCGUCCCUGAGCUUGACCUCCUUAGUGAGAAGAGCAAAGACAAGAAGGACGACAGCGAAGAAGAAGAGGAUGAAGACGGUCAGACUGGAGACCAGGAUCAGGAGGAGAAGAGAUGGAACAAGAGAACACAGCAGAUGCUGCACGGUCUCCAGCGUGUCAUGGCUAAGACUGGUGCAGAGUCAGUCAGUCUGCUGGACUUGUGCCGGAACAACAACAAGAAGCAGGCAGCAGCCAAGUUUUACAGUUUCCUUGUCCUCAAGAAGCAGCAAGCCAUCGAGGUCACCCAAUCUGAGCCCUAUAGUGACAUCGUCGCCACUGCCGGACCAAGGUUCCACCUUGUUUAGACAUUGGAAGAACACUCUGCUUGCUACAAUAUACUUUUUAAUUAAUCGAGUUUUUUGCCUUUUUAUUUUUUGUUUUCCUGUCAGCCCAUUUUAUUUCUAGGGAAGGGGGUGGGAGUAGUUGGGACCGGGUUGGAAACUUUUUUAAAAAAAGGAUUUUACUAUACUACAGAUGGAAUCACGCAGUAUUCAUUUGGGUCAAACGGAGUGAGGAAGAAUGUUUAACAAUUAUAUUUAUAAAGCAAUUUUUUUUUUUUUUAAGUCACUGAUUUGCAACCUGUGCUUCAUUAUGGUUUGUAAGUUAAAAUUUCAUUGUCUGCUCAUUCCAUAGUUUUCAAAAGUUUUAUACUAUUGCUCCUCUCACGCCGGAAAGAUUUCAGAUACAGAGCUCUGUAUUUUCAAAUCAAAUCCAUCAUUGACUCGUACCAUGUUCUGGAAAGGUACUGUUUGACUGCUCCAAAGUGUAACCACUUCCACCUUGUCCUUGUUGCACUUGUUCUUUCAUGAUAAACAAAAAGUCACAUUUGUCAAGUAGUAAAUCUAACCUGGCAUUGAGUUUCAUAUCUCGGAUGUAUAAAUCAGGCAGUUUAACAAUUAUGUUCUUUUUUUUGUACCUUUAUACAUUUAUGCUUAUUCACAUUUUUGCAUUAUGUAACUAGGUAAUGUACUUGUUACAGUUGCGUUCGGUAUCUCGCCUUUUUAGUCUUCUGGUAACUUCUAGUUGUGAUACAUCUGUAAAGAUUUCAAAUAAACUGUUUUAAGUA